AUGAGCACCCAGCAGCCACUGCAAUCUGCAUCCUCGACCUCGCUGGCCAAGGUGCCCCCCGUGGACGACAGUCCCCAGCCUGACAAGGUGCACCUGAAAGUUCUUGUCAUCUCUGGGCAAAAUCACGUCUACUCUUUCGAGCCGGAUUGUACAGUUGGGAGAGUGAAGGAGCUCGUAUGGAGCUCGUGGCCGAAAGAGUGGACAGAUCCCGCUCAGCCACCAUUCCCGAGUUACCUGAGAAUUCUGCAUAGCGGAAAAAUACUACAGGACGACACCAGCUUGUCAUCGAACAAACUUCCGGCCGGUCCUUCUUCAUCUCCACCUACAGUCGUCCAUAUCUCUGUCAGAUCAUUCUCUAUCAAAGGUGAUGACGACCCGAAAAAACCCUCAGCACACCGGGGUCUCAGCCGUCAGAGUGUGAGGGCGGCCGAUGAUGAAGUCGGCGGGUGCAAGUGCGUUAUCAUGUGA